GUCCCGGAUGUGCUUUCACGCGGGCAUCCAAGAUGGCGGAAAUCGGUCCUGAGUUUUUGUUGAUCGGAGGCCGCCGGCUUUCGCAGUUAAAAGUCGAUGAACUCAAACAGGAACUAGAAAAACGGGGCUUGAAGAAGAGUGGGAAUAAGCCUGUAUUGAUUGAAAGACUAAGUGAGUUUCUCCUCAAAGAACUUUAUGAGUCUCCUCAACCUGAGAAAACACAACCACCAGUAGAACAGCCCGCGCAUUUCCAGGCACAGGGCCAGCAUCCAGCUGUAUCUUACCAGAACCAGCAGCAAGCGGCACCACCACAGUACCAGCAAAUCCAGGCGACACACCAACCUACCCAGCAGCAGACGUUCUUCCAGCAACAAGGACACCAACAGCCAGGGAACAUCUUUGACAAUCCGCCUUUCCAUCCUCAGUCGCCUAAUCAACCACAGAUCUUCCAACAACAGGCUUUACACCAUCUACCCCAGCAACAGCCCCAGCAGCUCCAGUCCCCCUCUAAUCAUAAUGCACAGCCUAUGACAACUCAAGCCGCUGCAUUCUUCCAGCAAGUUCCCGAGCAGCAACAGUCACCACAACAGCACCAUCAACUUCCACCCUUUGGGCAGAUGCCAUUCCAACAAGAUCAGCACAACCCCUUGUUUAAUCAGUUUCUGCAACACAACAAUCAGCAGCAGCAACUUUUCCAUCCUGAACCAGACGUAUCCAGCCCUGUAAUGACAUCACAAGCCCAGCACUUGCACCCAGGACAUAAUAAGACAUUACCAAUGCAGGAGGACCCAGCCAUAGCCACACAACCAGUUCAACCUAAACCUCAAGAAGUAGACUCAUCUUCUGCUGGCUCAAGUGUUCAAACAAGUAAUGAUUCAUCUCCAGCCCCUCAGGAGGAUGACAAAUCUUCCUCGGCCACUGAGGAGUACAAGAGUGAACCCUCUUCUGCACAGCCUAGCGCUAACCAGUCACCAGAGCCAGAGGAAGAAAAGGAGGAAGCUUCUCCUGUCCCAUCUAAGGAUGAAGAGGAGACCUCACCUAUGCCUGCUAAAGGGGAAGGGACUCCUGAAAAGAGGGAGAUAGAGGAAGAGUCUCCAGAAGAAGAAAAGGGAGAGGCUGCAGAGAAGGCAGCUGUACAUGCCCAAUCCCCUGUAGAGGAGGAUGCCCCUACCAUGCCUAGAAAGGGUGAAGUGGAAACCCCAGUUGCUGCCACCUUUGAUGGUCAAGAUGAGGUGGCUGCUAAGGAAGGAGAUGUUGCUAAGGAGGAGACGCUCAGCUUGGAGGAAGGGGAGGUGAACAGUCCCUCUGAACCUCCGAAGAAAGAUGAAGUGGUUUUCAAAGUGGAGACAGAAGAGAUGGACCAGUCCCUUGUGGGGGAGGUCAAGCCACCCCAGCCAAAGAAAACCAGAGCUCCUAUUAUCACAAAAACGAGAAAAGUUUCAAUACCAUCAGCUAGCCCCCAGCCGUCCACCACCACUGAACCAGGAGCCCGUAAAAGAAGGUGGGGCUCAUCAUCGUCCAAGAAGAAGACAUCAGUUCCCAUUAGCACAGAGUCUCUCAAGGAGCUAAUACCAGAUGUGCAAGUUCACUCCACCCCUGCAUUUGAGGCCCUCAUGGACUUUGGCAAAGAAGACCUGGAUUACGACCCUGAAACCAAAGACCAGGAAGAGGAGGCUGGCUUAAACAAAGAGAAUAAGUCUAACAACCUGGACGAAGACCAGGAACAGCCGACAGCCAAGGAGGUAGAGUCGCCGGAAGUCACCACGCCCAGGCGUAAGAGGGAGAGGGUGGUUAAAGUUGAGGAGAGCAAGAGGAAGAUUAAGCUCAAUCGGCAGGAAUCUGAGGUGAAGGUUUUAGAGGAAGGGAAAGGUGAUGAGAGUAUGGAGAUAGCACAAGCCCCUGAUGUAAAGGUCCCUGUUAUCCCAAGCCAGUCACCGGUGCGUGUUGAUCACUCCCCAUCCCCCGCUAGGAACCCAGAGAGCACCAAUAUCCAUGUGCAGAACCUUGUGAGACCCUUUACUCUCAGACAACUAAAAGAACUCCUUGGAAAAUCAGGAACCCUGGAAGAGGAUGGAUUCUGGAUUGACCGGAUCAAAUCCCAUUGCUAUGUUGUGUACACCACUGUCGAAGGAGCCGUGGCAACCCGUGCGGCCCUGCAUGGGGUGAAAUGGCCGCCCACCAGUCCAAAGAUUCUCAGCGUAGACUUUGCCGACGACAAGCAGAUGCUUCAUGACACUGCAGGAGCACUUGGCAAACAGCCCAUCGAUCAAGAUGUCAAGAUGGAGGCACUUCGUGAGGAGCAGCCUGUUGCAGAAGUCAAGGAGGAGAAAAUGGUUGAGGAAGAGGAUGACAAAAACCCCGCCAACUUGCUUGACAGUUUGUUCAGAAAGACAAAGGCCACGCCUUGUCUCUACUGGCUGCCGCUCACCACCGAACAGGCAGAGGCGCGUUUCCGCGAAAAAGAAGAACGCCGGAUUCAGCGACAAGCCGAACUCGCCAAAGAGGAAGAAGAGAAAAAAGAGAAAGAACAAGAAAGGGAGAAAGAGCGCGAGCGACUGCGAGAACAGCGCGAAAAAGAGCGCGAAGAAACACGCAUGCGUGCACGUGACAGAUCAGGUGAUCGCGCCAGGUCUCCGCCACGUGGUCGCGCUCGAUCCAAAUCCCCCGUGAGUAGAAGGCGAGCCAGUCCUUCGCGGAGUCGAAGCCGUAGCCGUAACUUUAGACGACGGUAGACUUCUGUUUUUACCUGUACAUUUUUAUCACAGUCUAUCAUUUAACUCGAUUGUCUUUUCCAAUACGAAUAGUGAAGUAGCCAUCAAUAAUGAUGCUGACAGGACUUCUUUCGUUCGACCAUGCGGUCUAAGAUGGGUAAAUAAUUCAAUUCAGUUUUGGAAGAGUAUGUAAUAUCAUUGCUUUUAUACAUCGGACUUUUACACUUCCUGUAUAGUAACUAAAUGUUAAAUAUCUGUCAUAACUUUAUGGGUCAUAACUUCAUUGGGCGUUACCAUCUGUCAAUCAACCUUUGCAAUGAGACGCGAGGGUCUGUAUUAAAGGCGAAAGAAAUCUCCCGCCAUAUGGGCAAUAAGAAUCUCCCGUUGCAAAGGCGCUAGGAAUCUACCGCUACAAGGGCGGUAGGAAUCUCCCUCUUAAACGGUGGUAGGAAUCUACCGCUACAAGGGCGGUAGGAAUCUCCCUCUUAAACGGUGGUAGGAAUCUACCGCUACAAGGGCGGUAGGAAUCUCCAGCCAUAUGGGCAAUAAGAAUCUCCCGCUAAAAGGGCGGUAGGAAUCGAAUUUUGGGAGAUGAAAUCUUGGCAUGAUAAGUAGCUGUAUUUAUAUAGGAUUCCCCUAGUGUUUCAGAGAAGUUUAGGCGUCAUUUCUCUACUGAUUAUCGUGCAGAGCGUUAGCCUUGAUUUUACCCCUAACUUGGUGUGUGGAUACUGUGAAAACGUAUUCCCUGAUUUUUUGUUACAUGACAACCUUUUAUAUUUGCUUGUCGUUAUGUUUUCAUUCGUGUAUGUAAUAGAAAUGAUUUUAUCUCGAACAGAUGAAUAAACCAUUCACAUGAAAA